AUGAAAUCUCAAUUCGAAGUGUACCUUAGAUUAAAGCCUUCAAAUAAGUAAGAGUAAUCAUUUAAAGAAGCUAAUCCUAAAAUGCAAUGCAAUACUAAAUUUAUCAAAAUAAGAAAUUACAAGUAUUAUUACCUAAACAUGUCAAAUUUGGGAUGAUAAACCAUACAAGAGAUAAUUUAGAUUUUAAUUUUACUCAUGUUUUUGAUCAAAAAUCAAGUUAAGAACAUGUUUUUACAAAUGUUACAACACCUGUAAUAAAUAGGUAUUCAAUUAUUUAUUCAAAUUUAGUUUUUUGGAUGGCUAUAAUGCCACUAUUUUUGCAUAUGGAUAAACAGGAUCAGGUAAAACUUAUACAAUGAGUGGAGCUGAAACAUGGUAAUUGAGAGGUAUAGUACCUAGAGCACUUUCUUAUAUAUUUGAUGAAAUCGAUAAAAGAAAUAAAUUUGAAUAUAAAAUCUAUAUUUCAUUUAUGGAGAUAUACAAUGAAAAUGCUUAUGAUUUAUUAGAGAAAAAACAUUUAGAAACACCUUUAGAAUAAUGGAAUAAAGUAUAUAUUUAAUAAAUUUUAAAGAUAGCAUUAUUUGAAGAUGAUUAGAACAAUAUUCAUUUAAAAAACUUAUCAAUUCAUUAAUGUAAUAAUGAGUAAGAAGGAAUUGAUUUAUUGAUGAUGGGAAAUUUUAUUAGAUAAGUUAGUUCUACUCCCAUGAAUUAAUCAAGUUCAAGAUCUCAUUGUAUUUUUACAGUAACUCUUGAAGGAUAUGAAACAAGUAGUGAGACUUGUUUUGUUAGCAAAUUACAUUUAGUUGAUUUAGCAGGAUCAGAAAGAAUUAGUAAAUCUUAAGUAGAAGGUAAUUUAUUAAAUGAGGCAAAAUACAUCAAUUUAUCUUUAACCUACUUAGAAUAAGUUAUUAUAGCAUUAAAUGAAAGAAUGAAAGGGGCUAAUAGAUAACAUAUUCCAUAUAGAAAUUCUCUUAUGACUACUUUAUUAAAAGAUUCUUUAGGAGGUAAUUGUAAAACUGUAAUGAUUGCAACAAUAAGUUCUGAGAAUGAUAAUAUUGAAGAAUCAUUAUCCACUUUAAGAUUUAGUUAAAGAGUGGGAUAAUUAGAAAAUGAGGUGAUUAUAAAUAAUUAAUUAAUUAGAUAAGGAGAAAUGAAAAAGUAGAUUUAGAAGCUGUUGUAAAAAGAUUAGAAUAAGAAAAAUUAGUUUUGAUAAGAGAAUUAGAAUAAUAUUAAAGAGGAGGUGUAUCCACUUCAAGUAAUAAAAAAAAUUAAUAACAAUAACAAAAUUUAUUACCAUAAUCAAAUGGAUAACCUAUUAGUUAAAAAGAUGUUUAAGAAAAAGUUGAACUUUAUCUUAAUGAAAGGAUUCCCAUGUUAGAUGUAAAAAGUAUUGAGGAAACAUAAAAGUGUUUUGAAGCUAUGAAAGAUCUUUAUAAUACAAGAAUGAAAGAGUAUGUCACAGAACUUACAUUUAUCUCUGAAAAAUUAUAAAAAUAUGAUGAAAUAUUAACAAGAAAGUAUUAAAAUAAAUUAAUUAUCAAAUAGAAAAGAAUAGAGUUCCUUCCUUGAAUAAAAAGAGAAUAGUUCUCCUGAAGUUGAAGUUUAUAGAAGAAAUGAAUCUCCAUAAAUAACAUUUAAAAAAAGGGCAAAUUAAUGA